AUGCUUUCUCCGGACGACGCCCGAGCGCGCACAUCGCCGCUGCCCGACGGCACAGAGCUACUUGCGUCGCCCGGCCUCCGCUUCGACGCCUUUGCCAUCACGGACGUUGGAAAGUGCAAGACCUUUUUCAAGACGGGCUGCGCCGUGUGCGCGGAGGCCUCGCUCUCGCUCACGCUGCACGAGACGUCGGGGCGCAUCCAAUGCCUGCUUCCCGACGCCUUUUGGACCAGCCACGAUUUCAUGUACCUCGUCGACUUUACGAGCGACGCUGCGCGUACCAAUGUACACUUCGUGCAGUGCAUCUACCUCGGCGACCACUGCAUCGUUGAGUCGUUUUCGUUCGGCGCGAUCGAGCCCAAUGUCGCGUACCGUUGGGAGGUGGAGUGGAUGAACCCCUUCUACUGUGCGACCAACACACGAGACUUGCCGAGCGACGUCUUUUACUUUGACGAAAACACGCUGCUCGCGCACCACCGUCUGUCGUUUGCGUCAAUGUCCAAGGUCGACGGCGACCGUACAACCCAGUUCUUUAGCGCGUUGGGGGCCGGGGCGCUUCCGUCGAUUCGCACGGCGUUGCACAACCUCGCCUAUGUCCCACCUCUCUACAAGCACAGCUCGGACGACCUCUUUGACUUGAUUGAUCGCGGCGCGUUCGACGUCGUUCGGCUUCUCGUCGACCACGGUGCCACGCUCUCGGGGGCCGCCGAAGCGCCCUUGGUCGCAGCGUAUACGAGCAACCAGCCUUGCAUGGCGCAGCUCCUCCUGGACCUCCACGCACCGAUCGACGUGGUCCAGAAAGCCGCCCCUCGCAACGUCCUCCUGGCGCUCUGUCUACUGCAUCUGACGGACAAGUGCGCGCGCCGGUGGCACAUCCUGCAGCUCCUCGAGCGAGGCGCCGCCACCACCAUCCGCAAGCCGAACCAGGGCGGGAUGACACCGUAUGCGCUGGCCACGUCAAUGGAUGAAGCCAUGAUUCUCGAGAGCUUUGACUUUUACACGAAAGCGACCUCCGACACACCGCCAGACGACGACGACGCUGCGGAUCUGUGCUGGCAGAGUCUCGCGACGGCCUGGCGUCUGCAAACGAGCACUUCAUUGGAGCGAUCGCCGCAAGGCAGCGGCUCCUCCGUCUACGAGUACGACUCGGACGUGCCCAGCGGCGAGAGCGACGACGACUGGACGCUUGUCGACGACUACGUGGACACCGUCAACUAGACUAGAUGACGCUAUUCCCAACGGAACACCCACGAAUCGGCCAUAUUAGCCUGAUCAGACUGCAUUCCGUCCGCUCUGCAAAGUUAACACCCAGACCCCGAUCCAC